AUGGGUAAGCGCAGCGUCCCUCGGUACCCUGAGGACGAGGACAAAGGCGGUUGCUGCGGCUGCCUGUGCUGGUGCUGCUGUUUCCUGUUGCUCAUCGUGGCGGCGCUGGCCGGCACGGCCGCCUACUUCUUCUUCGUCUACAAGCCCAAGGCGCCGUCCUACUCCGUCAGCAACAUGUCCGUCUCGCAGUUCGACUUCAGCUCGUCCGACCUGACGCUCUACGUCAAAAUCACCGCCUCCGUUCGCGCCGAGAACCCCAACAACAAGGUCACCAUCAAGUACGGCGAAGGUUCCCACACCGUGGUCUCCUACCGCGGCACGCCGCUGUGCUCUGGGAAGCUCCCGGCCUUCUUCCAGGGCUACAAGAACGUCACCGUCAUGGACAUCUCCAUGGAGGGCCGCCACGGCUUCGGCUCCGGGCUGCAGCAGGCGCUGGAGGAGAGCGAGAAGGCAGGGGACAUCCCGCUCGACAUCUUCGUCAGCGUCCCCGUGGAGCUGCAGCUCGGCUCCCUCGACCUCCGACAGGUUAAAGUCAACGUGCACUGCGCGCUCGUCCUCGACAGCAUCUCGCCCAAGAAGAAGCCCAACAUCAAGUCCGCAACCUACCAGGCCAACGUAGAGUUUUGA